UGACGACCGUGCGUUCGUGUCGCUCUGUCCUCUAUCAUAACCUUGUAAAUACGUAGUUUAAUUCGUUAGACUAAGUUCGUAAAUAUUAGUAAACAUGUGCUUGGCUAAGGACGAAACGUCGCCGCAGAAGGAGGUUGUCUCACCUCGUUCGCCGUGGGCUAAACUGCUUAAUCGUCAGAACGCAAAGCCACGACUUCCACGGAAGGUGACAUCCUCCACGCGUGUGAACCUUAACAAGUGCUGGUCGAAACUUGGAGAGCUUAUCUCCAACUCAGCUCCCCGCGCUGACCUACCAUCGCAAAAGACUGCUUACCCUGAAGAACCAAUUUUGGUGCCAUUCACCGAAUUCUUCUACCCCGUGGAGCCGGUCAAACCGGCUGCAGUGGAAGACAAUGAUAACCAUGAAAAUCAGAAUAUCGUCAACUCCAACCGUUUUGAGCUGAUCUCUGAAGAACCAGAAAUUAGCGACAACAUGGCCAACGAAGUCAGAGAAAUCUGCUACACAGCUAGCAAGAACUGUUUCGUAUGUAAACUUUGUUAUUAGUUUGAAUUCCAAUAGUUUCUUUCCUUCGCAAAAUAGUUUAAAUUUCGGCUUUAAAAUACAGUGAAACAAAAUCAUGUCUUCCAAUGAUAGAUUUAGUGUGUGCUUGUUAAGGAGCACAAAUCCAACGUCUUCCAUUAGACUUAGAAGUGAUUUAGUUUGGCAGAAGUCUCUUAACAUUCAGUAGCUAUAAAUGGAAAUGUUAAAUAUCAUAUCAUUAUUGUAUCUAUGUUAAAAGAUUUAUGCUCAAACAAGUCUCGCGUUUAGAAGUGGAGGAGACACAAUGUGUACAGUUAAUCGUGAUAUUAGCUUAUAUACUUUGAUCUCUAUUAGCAUAUUACAUUUAUAGAUGAAGCGUUGUGUCUUUUCCACGAUAGUUUGUUUGUAACAGUAAACAGCAAGUUUGGUAGACAGCUUUAAUAUCAUCUGCACUGUAAUUAUCAUUGCACCACUCACGGCUCUCUCCUGAACUUAUUUUGUAUACCUACAAUGUAACCUUUAAUGUUUUCUUUUCCGUAUCUUAGAUUUAAGGAUCCAAUGUCUUCCACUAGCUUUAAUAGAGUUUUAUAUGUUGUCUGUGAUAUUAGGAAUUAUUGUAUCGAAGCUUUAAUUAGUUUAAGAAGAUUUUAUAUUAUGAAAUAUGUUUUCUAAACAUUACAGUUAGUUUGUAACUAUACUGAGUAUCUCGGAGAAUAUGUUAAUGAUCAAUAUCAAUAUAUUAACUUUAUAUUUAUGAUUUAUUUUUAAAUUAAGAAUCGAAAUUGUAUAGUUUAGCUUGAUUUUGAUAAUUUAGUAUUACUUCACUGGGAUGCUCGGUAAAACAACGUAGAUGUCAUUGAAACAUAUCACAAAAGAGCUUUAAUAGUUUUUAGGUCCUAGGUUUAAUUAUCUGUAGUAUCAUGUUAUACAUGUAUUAAUUUUGGACUCUUACUUUUAAAUAAUGCAGAAGUGGGCCGAACGUGCCAAUCUUAAUGUUUUAUAAGUACUAUAAAUAAUAUUAGUAUUAGUUUUUAUAUAUUAUUGUAGUUAACGAUGUUAGCUGUAAAUGCCUUUUUAUAAUUUUAUGAAUUCUUCCAAUUGUGUCAAUUUCUUAGACUUAACUUUGUUUUAAUGUACUAAUUAAGUAAUUUAGUUAAUAGAUUAAGCUUUAGACUGAUUACGUUAAGGAUAACCAAGACUUUCAUUUGAUCUCCAUGUCUAAAUAAAUAUA